CCGCUGGCGCACGAUGAUUACGUCAUCAAUUACGCUCCACAAUUUUGAACACGUUUUUAUGUUGACCUGUGUUAAUAGCCACAAAAGAAGAUAUGACCAACGCGUUAGCUGAAUAUUACAUGUUUUUGUUUGCUUAUUGAUACUAAGUGUCCGGUUGAUCUUUGUGUAAAACGAUUUGUGGUAUUAAUUACGUUUUUUUCCCCGCACGUGUGAUACCUUGCAAUGAGAAUCAUGAAGAGACCAAACAUUCUUCUCACAGGAACCCCUGGGGUAGGAAAGACCACUCUAGGCAAAGAGCUGGCUCAGAGAACAGGACUAACCUAUGUCAAUGUUGGUGAUUUGGCACAGGAGAAUCAGUUGUUUGAUGGAUUUGAUGAAGAAUACCAGUGCCCCAUAUUGGAUGAGGACAGGGUUGUGGAUGAACUGGAGGACAAAAUGGGAGACGGAGGCAUCAUAAUUGAUUACCAUGGCUGUGAUUUCUUUCCUGAACGCUGGUUUCACAUUGUUUUUGUCCUCCGAACAGACAACACCAAUCUCUACAAUCGUCUUGAAAGCAGAGGGUACACUGGAAAGAAGCUCCAGGACAAUGUGCAGUGUGAGAUUUUCCAGACUAUCUAUGAGGAAGCCAUGGAAGCCUACAAGGAGGAGAUAGUCCACCAGCUCCCCAGUAAUACUCCUGAGGACCUGGAGAGGAAUAUGGAACAAAUUGUUCAAUGGAUUGAACAAUGGAUGAAAGACAACAAUUGACAUGGGACAUUAUAUGAGAAAGGCUCAAGCACUUUUGAGUUCAUGUCAAAGGAGAGAGACAUCACAUUUCAUAGUUAUUGUGGCCCCAGACAGAGUAUGGUUCUAUUCACUACUAAGCACUAAAAACAUGAGAGGCUGUUAAUAAUUACUCGAUUUGAAAAAAGUUAAACACAAUUCCAAAAUGAAUGGAAGAAAUAAAUAUUUUUAUACUGGGUAGUUAUAUUUGUCUUGGUAUUCUUUGAGAAAUGAUCAAAGAUUAAUUAAAAUUCUGAAAAAAUAUCUAUUAUUGUUUAGCUGCCACCAAAUACCAGCAACAUUUUACAUCUGUUAGUAAUUGGUAGGAUCAAAUCUAAUUCACAAAAAUAAUGCUAAAUUGCAUGGACGUUUCUCCUCAAAAGAUCAUCAUAUGGUUCAUAGUACAUAAUUAGUUUAUUCUUAACAUAAUGAGAUUAAUUUGGGCUACUUUUAUAAAACUGAGAAAGUGUUGUUUACAGCAGGAAAAGGUCACUCAUGUUGGAGGGUCUCUUGUUGGAGAAAUUGCCAUUUCUAUUUUUAAUAUAACUUAAUUUUUCACUUUUAUUCCCCCCUCUGAUGUUCUUUCAACAAUUAAACCAUCACGUCUUCUAAAAUUCCUGGAUAAACAAACAAAACAAAAAAAACCUGAGAAGAAUGGGGAGAAAUUAUUUCUGUUGCUUUAGUCCCGUGCUGUAGUAGUAGAUGGCUAAAAGUAGUAAUUUGGUUUUCACGAUUGUAUCAGUAGAUUGUAAUGAAAUGAAAAUCUUAAAUGAAAUGACUGCAAAAAGUUACUAAUUAUAUUGUAAUGAAAUUCAGUGAGUAAUUUCACAUUGAAUGCGAAAUUUUGAAAUCAUUUUGGGAUGUUGUGUUUUGCCUAAUCAACUGCAACAUGUUUAGCAAGAUGUUUAGUUCAUUCCAAAUAAACAAUUUUAAGUUGUUUGGUUCUUUAUGAA